AUGGCUUCUCGACGCCUAUCAGGGUUGCAAUCCCUUUUCAGGGGUAGAAGUCAUCUUUUGCGAUCACAGCAGCGUCGCUGGGCUCAGGUUCACGACGUGCGUUUCCUGGCUUCUCACCAUGAUCCCAAUCACAUCAUCGACAAGUAUCGCAACAAGUUGGAUCAAAAAGCCAAGCAAUACAUCGCUCAUCGUGGAAAUAGAGAAGGACUUGAGUCUAUUGAAGCCUUGAAGGAAGCAUACAGCGAGAAGAUUCAGGAUCUUCGUCGUCAAGCAGCUACGGUGGCCACCCCAGAACCCGAUGCGCCGACUUCCAGUGUCAAGUCAGCAUCUACUCAAUUGAACACACCUCCAGCUUUCCAUCCACCACCUCCUCCAAACAAGCCAUCAGCGACCGAACAGGCUGCUCGGGAAGCCUCGGGCAGCGCGAGCCCUAUCAAGCCACUGAGCACAUACAUUGACGUGGAGAAGAUUCGUGAUUUGCCUCCGAAGGAGAUUGAAGCUCUGUGGCGUCUUCGAUUCGCAAACAGCUCUACCUCCAUCUGUGCUGCAAUUCCCCUCGACACAUAUUUGCGCAUUGCCGAAGCGGCCCGUCAAAACCCCCAGUUCAUUCUUCCUCUCCCCCGCCAGACCGCCGAGCAAGAUAUGCAGACUCCCGAUGGCGCCCCCGCACAGACUGCCGCUGAGAUUCAUUUCCUGCAGUGGGCAUUCCACCCACCUGCGGAGGACUUUGUCACCACCAACAAGAACACGGUCAACAAUCACACAUCGACCGUCAUUUUCACCAACCUCGGUGCCUUCAAGUUGCAUGGAUCCUUUGCGCAGCCGCACACCACGGUCACGCACCAUUUGGACCUGGCUGAUGACAAGGGGCUGGUCCUCAUGCAUGGUCAGGUGAUGCCGGAUCGGGGUGUUUCGACCACCGAGGCUACGUGGCUGGUCAGUUCCGUGCAGCGUUUCUACGACUUUGGCGGUCAGGCCAGCGGCCGCAAGGGAGAGCUGGUGCGAAUGUUCACGCGGGGUGAUGUGGAGAACUUUAAGGUGGAGGAGCUGAUGGAGGAGACGGAGAAGAUUCACUGA